CCCUGCCACUAGCUCUAUUAUUAUCACGCGUUGCCCCCAUCCUUUUUCUCCUUUCCCCCAUUCUUCCGUCCGCCUCCACCGCCCUCCUCUCCUCGGAGAUAUCCGAUUCCAAUUCGAAGGAACCCCGGAAGGGCUAACGAAGGGGAAGGGGAUCCCAGGGCGUCUAAUCGGCUCGCGGGCAUGGAGAUCUCGUUCGAGGCGUGGGAGGGGGUGCAGCGGCACGGCCAGGACAUCGCGGACCGCCUCGCGCAGGGGUUCACGGGUCUGCUCCAGGCGCCGCCGCAGUUCCCAUGGCCGCCUGUGUCGCACAAGCGGAUGCCCUUCGAGAUCGACCUCCCCGUCGUCCCUUUCGGGGCCGGCCGCGGCCACGGCCAGGGCCACGGGAAGGACUUCUUCCCUACCGCAGCCGUCGCCUCCGUCAUCGACAUCGGCGGGAGGCUCGGCCAGGCUGGCGUGGAGAUUGGGACCUCCGUCGGCGGGGCCGUGCAGCACGCCGUUCGCCAUCUGCCCGUGCCGUUUCGGAACGGCCAGAUCCGGCGCCGCAAGCUGCCGCCGCCCCCUUCUGCCGCCGUCGGUGAUGGGGCCGUGGGGCUCGCGUUGGAGAGGGCUGCGGACAGGUGCCCCCUCGAGGCGGCUGCCGCUGCUGCAGCCGCAGCAACUGGAAGUGCUGCCGCAUCGACCGCCAGUGGUGUCGCGGGCGGGGACGACUUGGACGAAGAGGACGACGGAUAUGGCUGCGAAAUCGGAACCCUUGGAAAAUUUAAGAAGGCGAAGGGUACUGUAAAUAUGUCAGCGACAUAUAAUACCAGGAGUCACGACGUUGAGAGUUCUUUUGUUGCACGUGGAGACCUCUGGAGGCUAGAGGCAUCACGCAGUGGUUCAACUUCUGGAAAUGAUACUUCACCCCUUUAUCUUGUCCAGUUGGGGCCGUUACUAUUUGUUCGUGACUCCACCCUCCUCUUGCCUGUUCAUCUGUCAAAGCAACACCUGCUGUGGUAUGGUUACGAUCGCAAGAAUGGAGUGCACUCCCUCUGUCCAGCUAUUUGGUCAAAACAUAGGAGAUGGCUGAUGAUGUCGAUGAUGUGUCUUAAUCCAGUAGCUUGCUCCUUCAUGGAUCUGCAGUUCCCGAAUGGGCAACUAACAUAUGUUGCUGGAGAGGGGAUAACAGCUAGUGGUUUUGUUCCAUUAUUUGGUGGGUUGCUUCAAGCUCAUGGGAAAUUUCCAGGCGAAACACGGAUGAGCUUCUCCUGCAAGAACAAGCGAGGCACAAGGUUCACACCUAUGUUUCAGUGGCCUGACAAGUCUGUUUCACUUGGAGUAACUCAAGCCCUGGCAUGGAAAAGAUCUGGUCUUAUGGUGAGGCCCAGUGUACAAGUCAGUGUAUGCCCUACAUUCGGAGGAAAUGAUCCUGGGGUGCGCGCAGAAGUCAUUCAUUCGUUAAAGGAGGAACUGAACGUAAUGUGUGGCUUAUCUUGCUCAAGACAUCCAUCAGCUUUUACUGCUCUUUCUAUUGGGCGAUCUAAGUGGAAUGGUCAAGUGGGCAGUUCUGGAGUUGUAGUCACCUUGGAAACACCCCUUAAUAACAUUGGAAGGCCAUCUUUAUCUGUUCAGCUGAAUGGUGGUUUUGAGAUUUGAUGUCUUGCGCGUAGUUGUACAUAUGACUGUACAUAUGACCACCACUAAUUUGGAAUGCUCCGUACUAACGGCUACGUGGAAGUGAGAUGCAGCUUGUUUUUGUUGCCAUAGGUCUCCAAUCUACUGCUUUCACACACACAGUUAGAGACUUACAUAUUUCUCCUAGAGAUUGUGACGAAGUGGCCAAGCAGCUCAAGCGCUUUCUUCUAGAAGUUAGAGAAAGGAAAGCUGUGAGCUGGUAGUUGGAGAGGCUGUGAAUUGCUAUCAUGUGGUCAUUCAAAAAUGUUUGAAGAAUCUCUUUUGGCACAAGACUGACAAAUUGGAUAAUUGUGGAUGUCGAAAUUAUCUGCCAAUUUUGUUAAUUGUGCUAGAUUUUGUCUCCACCACAACUGAUUGUGAAACAAGCAGCAUUGUUGAGAACUGAGACAAAGACAAACUUUGAUGGAUGGCAUUGAUGUGCAUUUUUGUUUCUUGCACUCUUCUA